UUGCAGAUGUUGUGAAGAGAAAGGCAAUGACAUUGCCAGAUCCUCUGGUAAAGAGAAUUUUAGGUUAUACAAAAAUACCAACAUGGCUGCCUGCAAUAAGGUGGGGCCAAGAUAAUGAGGUAGUUGCUCGCUUAUUUUAUCUUGAAAUGCAGCGUCGAAGAGGUCAUGCAGGAAUACAGGUAUCGGAAUGUGGACUUUUUGUUGAUACAGAGCAUGGAUGGUUGGGAGCAUCACCAGAUGGUUUAAUCUAUGAUCCAAGUAACGUUGAUGACACAGAUGGUGUGCUUGAAAUCAAGUGUCCAUAUUCAAUGCGAACAAAAACCAUCUCUGAAGCUGCACAGAUGCCUGGCUUCUACUGUCAAUGGAAGGAUGGCCAGUUGCACCUGAAUAGAAGGCACAAGUAUUUCUACCAGGUGCAAGGUCAGAUGGCCAUAACAGGAAGGAACUGGUGUGAUUUCGUUGUAUGGACACAAUAUGACAUAUUUAUAGACCGAAUUAAGUAUAAACAUAAAUUUUGGUUACAGGAAUGCUUGCCUAAAUUUGAAAAUUUUUAUGACAAGUGUGUAUUAGCAGAAAUAGUUUCACCAAGGUUUCCACUUGGCUUGCCCAUGUUGGACCUUAGGUAGCAAGUAGAUAGAGUUCUGUUUGUACUAUUAAUGUUGUAAUGAUUGAAAAUGAAAUUGAACAGCAAGUGGUAGUGUGAUGUA